CCAAUUAAACGCUUUCCAACUACACCAGGUACAAAGCAUGAUGGUGGCCUUGGUAGAGUCUAUAGGUCUUCCACUAAUGGGGUUGUGAUCCCCCGAACUACUGGAACCGGCGCCGAAGAACCGGUUCACCCCUGCCCCGCCAUGUUGGGCCAGCAGCACCUGAACUUCGGUGCUGCUGCAGUUGGCCACGACCUGUUGCUCAGCCACCAUGCCGACACCUCUAGUCACGUCACCCACCCUCAGCUCCUCGAGUGCCUUCCAUCUCUGGAACAGUCUUCCACCUCCAGUCACAGCAACAUUCCCUCUCAGGCCCCGCUCCUCACCUACAGUCAGCAGACGUCGUCUGCCUCCCUGUGCACCGCGCCCAUUCCGACGUGGCUGCCCAACGGGAUACUGGGGAUCACGUCGUCGUCGUCCGGAAACCCCGUGCGCCCCGCGACCGGCGCCCUGCCCCCGGUGUCAGAGCUCCGACCUUCCAUGGGCUCCAGUCGGAGCAGCAUGAGGAUGAUGGCGCUCUCCAACCAGGGCGCGUACGGGGGGAACCCGUUAAUGACUCCGACGACGUACUCCGACUCCAGCCACGCGGAGUACUCCGGCAGGGGCGCGAAGCAGGCCCAGCAGAUCCAACAGGCCCUGUACCACACAGAGACUUCGAUGGCGUACUCGGAGGCGGCCCUGUCGCACCUAGUGUCGGAGCCUCCGCUCGCCGACAGUCUGGCGUCGAUCGAGAAUCAGCUCCAGCCCCUAGUCCAGGUGGACAGCAUGUUGGACAUUGCGUCGCUCUACUCGACGCUCGAGCAUCAAUACUCAAACUCCGCCAUUCCGCAACUCAACAUUCCGAACGGCGCGCUGGCCUCGGAUCAAAAUCUCGGGGACCUCGUCGCCGACGCUCUCUCGUCGCUGGAGAAAUCGGGCGAGCUCAUCCAGGAGAACGCGCCGCCGCUGCAGUUUCCGGAGAAGAGCGCGUCCUCCGACGUCCAGCGGAGCUCCGGAGUCGAAGAUCCCGUUUUGAGUCUAGUCGAGCAGGUGACGUGCUACCGUUGCAGAUCCUGCUCAUUUCUCAACCUGAACCGCGAGGAGGUCGUGCGCCACGUCCGCGCGUCGCACGGUCCGGCGUCGGAGCGGUCCGAACCUGCUCCGACUCCGCAGGUAUCUUCUAGUCAAGCCGAAAAGCCGGUUCAUGCAACGCGUUCCACCGAGAAGCGCUUCCUGUGCGGGAAGUGCCGGCGCGGAUUCUUCACUCUGGACGAGUGUUGCCAGCACCUGACCCUCGUCCACAAGGCCAAGUCCAAGAAAGUCCGGCUGGAGUGGAUCUACGCCAACAAGCCCGACGAAGUGCGCGCCCCGACACCCCUGCAGGAGAAGAGUCUGCCAAACGUUGCCGUCACCGCCGCCGUCGAAGUGGUGGGGAAGGCGGCGGAGGGCCGAGGGGCGCAGAAGGGAACGCCCGCCGUCGACGCCUCCGCGAAGAAGAGUCCGGCGAAAGGGAACAAGGUGCAGAUGUCGUCGUCGCAGAAGGCCUGGAGGAAGAAGGUGAACAGGGAGCAGGGGAGCUUCAUCUGCGAGUUCAAAGGGUGCAACGUACGUUACCGAGAAUUUUCCAACCUCGAGUACCACAGGCGGUGCCACCGUACGGGGGCGGAGGAAGACGACCAGGAGCAGGCGUUUGUGUGCCCCGAAUGUGGUGCCCGCACCCAGUACUGGAGAUCGAUGGCCAGCCACCUGUGGAGGUUGCACUACUGUGACAUGGAGCUGCACGCCUGCGACCAGUGCAACUUCAGGACGUACAGCCUGAGCAAGCUGGAGAACUUGCACAAGCGUAUCCAUGGAGACGAGAGACCCUUCCUCUGCGACACUUGUGGCAAGGGGUUCAAGACUGUGAAGCAGCUGAGGAACCACAAGGUGGUCCACACCAAGGCCCUGCAGUCGCACUCGCGCGCCCACAUGGAUGCCUGCGAGAUCUGCGGCCGCAGGUUUGGCGACCGUCGGGUCCUGCAGCUGCACCUGGAUGCGGUGCACAGAGGGGCCCGCCCCUUCCUGUGCUCUUACUGCGGCUACGCUGCCUCGUGCCGCAGCAGCCUCAAGAUGCACCAGCGGCAGCACACGGGGGAGAAGCCCUUCUCCUGCGACAUCUGCGACUACCGCACCGCAGACCACAACUCCCUGCGGCGUCACAAGAUGCGCCAUUCGGGGACCAAGCCUUACAAGUGUCCUUACUGCUCCUAUGCCUGCAUACAGUCCACUACUUACAAGAGUCACCUGCACAAGAAACAUCCCAACGAGAGUGGAGGGAUCCUCUUUGCCUGUUCGCAGUGCCAGUUCCGCACAGUCAACGAGGACAACUACCGCACCCACCUCACCUCGCACUUCGACCCCAGAGAACAACCCGCCAGGGACGUCCCCCGACCCCAGGGAGGAACAGAGAGCGUUUGCGGAGGCAGCCCCACGGGCCAGGAGGCUCUCACCCUGGGCCAGAUCGUGGGGCUUGCACACUCAGCUGGUGUAGCAUGAUGCGGUGACAGACACGGUUGGUCCCACUAAUGAGUCUUAAAUGUACUGCAUUUGCUUGUCGCUAAUAUGCACAGAGCAGUGUGGGCACAAUGAGAGUUUGUCAUAUCUAAUCCCUGAAAUGUAGAAUUAUUUCUGAAUUAGCUUUUUUUUUUCAUUGUAGUUGAAGUAUGCAAAGCAAAAAUGGUUGUGUAGUUGGCAUGCUAGCAGCAAGCAGCUCAUUGUUGUGUAUCAACACCGCUCCAGGUCGCCCCCAGUCAGGACGGGGUUUACCAAGAUAAAGUACCGUGUUUCGUUCCGCUUCGUAAAGAAUACCGCUGGCACGACAAACACUAACGUUUUUGGAGUGCAAAAAAAUUAAUGUAUAAAAAUCAUGUAAAAAUUAGCAGAUUCCAGAUUUGUGCCAGUAAAUUUUGAAAAAAAAAAAGAAACAAACGUUAGUUCCUAUACAUUGUCAGUAUCUUGUUCUGCCAUUUUCUUGAGCCGACGGGAAUCUUUGGGGUUUUGGAACUAACUUUGGAAGGCAUAUAUUUACUAAGAGUGGUGAACAAAACUACAUAUUAUGCUUGGAAAUUGCUAAAGAAACAAAGUUAAACAUCGUGACAAAGUGUAGGCUGCUACAAAAUUAUGUUGUUUUUAUUUACAAUUAUUAAUUAAUUACACAAUUAUUAAGUUGCGCAUGCAUACGAGGUUUAGCAGGCAGUAUAGGCCAUUGGAAAUGUUAAGAAGGUGGCAGUUUCUUAGCUUUCCUAAUUUAUUGGAACAAAUCUGGAAGCUGAAAAAAUUUUUGAGUAAAUUUUUUAGCACUCCGUACGUGAGUGAUGAAAGUUCUGGCGUCUGCUGCCAGCGGUAUUCUUUACGAAGGGGACUAAAUGCGGUACUUUCAUGUACGUGAACCCUGUACUUCCCAAGCUUGGUACUGCAAGUAAAAAUUACUGAGUUUUAAGCAAAAGGAUGUCGACACAUUAUUACCGUAGAACCUCUUUACAGUAAGCUGGUCGGACCGUGAAAGGUUGUUACUAUACAUCAGUACCUUCACCGUAUCAGUAGAUGAAUUUCUAUCAUACUUAGCUUCCAGUUUGAUUUGUAACUGUAAUUAUUUAUUACUACAUUCCAAUAUGGUAGCAUUAUCUACCUUUUGUGCACAUUACCUGUGAAAGACAAUUCCAGUGCAUUGACUGUAGCACUCAAACCAACCGUUUGAGGCCCUGAAACUGUCAUGCCCAAGUUCUCAUGCAAGCUGCGAGUGACUAGUAGAUUGCACACUGGUGGAUUCAUUGAGUGUGUAAACUUGCAAACAGAUUAUUUGUCUCCCGCAAUCAUGUCUUCUCUCACGAGAGUUCAGUUUUCAGGCACCUGGGUAUUUUAUUCCAAUUUUUUUUUUUCUUUAUCAUACCCGUUUCUCAGCGAAUUGCAUUUACUGUAUAGAGGGCAAAAUGUGUGGGUGCCUACGGCUGUUUAAUUGGGACCCCAGGCUCUCUUUACAAUGUAUAUCUAUGCCUUUAGUAUGUGCAGGUUUACUAUACAGAGGUUCUACUGCACACAUAAACAGAAGACUUGCUUUGCUUGCAAACAAUUCAGCAGCUAAUCGCGGGCGUUGAUAUUUUUCUGGUUGUGUUUGUGGUGACAGGCGAUCAGACCAGUCCAAAGUUUGUCGCUCUACAGUAUUUUUACACAAGCGAAUGCAGUACAUUUUUAUCAUUCUGUUUGUGCCAGAAGAUGUGCACUAUCGAAAAACAUUCAAAAUCAAAGCUAAGCUCCUCUCCACACACUAUGAAGAAGUGUUGCUUUCCUAUGUGCUGUGCUGCAAAAUUGUUUCUGUAGCCAUACAGGGCUUACCUUGAAGAGUGGCAGUGACACGUUCAAAUUCCAGCAUCUUGUAUUGCAAGAUCAGAACCUGUCGGAUAGUAUCGUUGAACGUGUCCUGUCUUGGGAAAAUGAAAUAGCAACCUUGAUGUAGCA